AUGUACUCCAAGCCAUGGAACUCGACCGGGCCGUCGACUCGGUAUGUCGAGGCUGCGCGGACCGAGGUCAUCUCGCGGGCUGGCCACGUCAACUCGGGCUCGUUUGCGACCUUGCUGUCUCUGCACAGGCCCAGAGCCGAGGAGCCGUUUGACCUCUCCCCACUCAAGUUUGCGGUGUACAUGUCGUCGGGCGACAACCUCAAGCUGCCGUCCGAAGAGGAUCUCGUGGGCGCCAUCCGGGUCUCGGGCACCAUGCAGCCGGGCCAGCACGCGACGACGGCGCUCAAGACCCGCCGCGGAGUCGAAGUCGGCCAGCUGAACAUCCGCGCCGAAGGCGUUGCACCGCCGUUUGACUCGCCAUCUCUUGUCGACCACCGGUACAAGUGGGGCGGACUGUAUGUUCACGAGACGCUCGAGGCGUCGUCGUUUGCGUUUACAACCGCCCAGGCUGCGCUCAUUCUUGCUGGUCAGCGGCACGUGCUUGACCUGCGAGUUGCGCUCAAGGCUGCUGAGGCGACGCUUCGUGAGGUGCAGGCGGAGGCCGCCGAGUUUGACGAGGCUUGCGCCGCUGGGCGUGCCAAGGCCAAAGACCGGCCGCGGUCGCUCUCGGCGCGGGUCCGGGACGCGCUUCUUGAUGGGGUCCGCAUCUUUGAGCACUUGUACUCGAUCCGGAUUGGGCUCGCAGCAGCUGAAGCUGGAGCGGUGGACAGCAAGCCGUUCAAGCCAUCGACAGCCAAGUCCGACGUCAGUCUCCGGUUUGUGGCCACCAACCUCCACGUGCAGCGCAUGUCCGUGGGCACGACGCUGGGUCGGCCGCUGCGGACAUACUGCACGGUGACGGUGGGCGCGCCGGCAGAUCACGCGUCUGGCUUCAAAGACGGCGGCGGGAUCCGCCAGCUGGAGGCCAAACUCAUGGACGCCAUCCGGGCGUCAGCGUCGGGGCCAGCUGACGUCGAUCUUCAGGAGCUGCAGUGGCGGUUGCUGGCCCGGCGCGACGCUGCACAGGCGCAAGCACUCGCAGCGCUUGUCACCGCCUUUGUCGCCAACUUUAACAACGCAGUCCGGGAAUUGCUCUACCCGGGCUCGCCAGAGGCCAGGCUGGCUGCCGAAGCUAGCCUCGACCUCCUUGCCCGGUUUGGUUUUGUCUUUGAGCUCGAGUCGCUGCUAUCGACUGCUGGCUCAGAGCUGGGCAUGCUGGGCGAUGCCGAGGCGGCGAUGAGAUCGCUUCGCUCCGUCCGCAUCUUUCUCUACCGGUGGGAGGAUGCGCACAAAGCCGGCGAGACGGUACCGGUGCCCAGCGAUGCUGCCGAGGUUGAUCUGCUCGGCUCGGACACCGAAUGGAUUGGCAUUGUGCCGUGCCUUGUCGACGUCCGGCACUCAGACCUGAGCCGGUCGGCGGCCGAGGUUCGCCUCUGGCUCUCAAUGCCUCCCGGCGUAGAAGAACAGCCCGAGUACCCAGAUGCGCUGCGGCGGGUACUGAAUGCGGCGACGAGUGGUGGAAUUGAGGUCUUCCCGAUUGUCUUUACGCAGGGUAUCAACGAGAAGCAGUCGAUGGCCAACUUUGGCACAGCGCACCCGAUGCUCUCGUCGCUCUUUGGCAGCUCUGUGGCGCAGAGCGAGAUCAACAACGAAAACCUGGCGCAGCUGGCGUCAGUGUAUGCCAAGGUGCGCUCGGCGCUCGAGGCGCGGGUUGCCGACGGCGACUUGCUUGUCGCGCCGCUCGACGAGCUCGACGCCCGCCUGGCGCAGAUCAGCGAGACUGUGGCGCUGGCGGCGGUCGGCGGAAAGAAGAACGUCUCGGUUCUCACCCAGACUUCGCGUUUUGUGCGGAGGCUCGGAGGCGGGCGGGCGACGUGUUGCAAGUCAGCUAAGGACCGAACGUCGAUGGCGGUGACGCUCGAGCAGGCCUCCCUCCUCGCCGACAAUCAUGGGCUAGAGACCGAAAUCCAUGCAAUGUGUACGGUGAUGCGUGCGCUCGGCGUGCGUCGCGAAAACGCGUUUGUCAACGCCGGCCGGCGCAAGUACGCGUUCAACGCCUUCCAGGCCAUGCUCCUCCCGUCGGCGUACAAGCCGCCGGCCGGCGCCGGCGGUUCGGUCGUCUCGUAAGGUGCUUUACUCGGGAGUGUACGCCGCUGCGAGCGAGUCCCAGACCGCCACGAUCUGGCGCGAGAGCUCGGCCUCGAGUGGCGAGAGGCAAGUAAAGAGCGAGGCCAUGCGA